AACUCAACAGAACAGUCCAAAAAACACCCAAAAAUAUAUCUUUCAAUUCGAUCCACAGUUCUCACAUUUCAUUUCUGACUCCACUUCCCACUUCAAAUGGCCGAAACCACGAUCCGCUUCGGCAUAAUCGGCUGCGCAGAGAUAGCUCGUAAAGUCUCACGCGCAAUUACGCUAGCACCGAACGCCCAGCUCUCCGCAAUCGCAAGCCGUUCCAUCGAAAAAGCCGCGGCUUUUGCUAAAGCUAAUAACUUCCCAUCGGACGCCAAGAUCUACGGCUCCUACGAGUCCCUUUUCGAGGAUCAAGAUAUUGACGCCGUCUAUGUUCCGUUACCCACCAGCCUUCAUGUGAAAUGGGCGUGUUUGGCUGCAGAGAAAAAGAAACAUAUUCUGUUGGAGAAGCCAGUUGGGCUUAACGUUGGUGAGUUUGAUAAGAUUUUGGAGGCUUGCGAGGUUAAUGGAGUGCAGAUUAUGGAUGGGACUAUGUGGAUGCAUAAUCCUAGAACCCAUAAAAUGUCCGAAUUUUUGUCUGAUAAAGAGCGUUUUGGUCAGCUUAGAACGAUACACAGCUGCUUCACAUUUGCUGGCGAUGAGGAUUUUCUCAAGAAUGAUAUUCGUGUGAAGCCGGAUCUUGAUGGUCUUGGUGCUCUUGGUGAUGCUGGAUGGUAUUGCAUUCGAGCAAUCCUCUGGGCUGCUGAUUAUGAACUGCCGAAGACUGUCGUUGCGUUACAUGGACCUAUCUUUAAUGAAGCGGGGGUGAUUUUGGCUUGCGGGGCUUCUCUGCAUUGGGAUGAUGGUAAAAUCGCAACUUUACAUUGCUCGUUUUUGACACAUUUGACAAUGUAUGUUACUGCAAUCGGAACAAAGGGUACGCUGCAUCUCAAUGAUUUCAUCAUUCCUUUCGAAGAGAAGGAGAGCUCGUACACAGCAUCUUCAAAGUGCUGGUUCAAUGAACUCGUGACUGGGUGGGAACCAUCACCAAGCCAACACAAGGUUUUCGCAGAUCUACCCCAGGAAGCUUGCAUGGUGAGGGAAUUUGCUCGACUGGUUGGGAAUAUCAAAGCAAACGGAGCAAAACCUGACAAAACAUGGCCAACCCGCAGUAGGAAAACCCAACUAAUACUGGAUUCAAUCAAGAUCUCAAUCGAGAGAGGCUUUGAGCCAGUCGAGAUUGUGAAUUAAUCUAGACUCGUGACUCUGUUUGCUAUGAACUAAUAAGGUCUUUGUGUGUCUUCUAGGGCUGACAUAAUUAGAUCUUUGUCCGCUCAAUGGUUAGUUAAAUCCGGUGAGUGUUCUAUGUGAUAUAUUAGAACCAUUUAGGGGUGAGCAAAAACCGAACCAAACCAUUAAUCCGAUCCAAACCAACCCGAAAUUAAUUAUGGUUUGGUUAAAAUGGUUAAAAUGGAUUGGUUUGGUUUCAAAUUAUAAAAAAGUAUGGUUUUUGGUUUUGGUUUGGUUUCUACUAGUGGUUAACCGAACCGACCGAAAAACCGAAGAUUAGAAUAAUAUUAUUUUUAUUAAUAUUUAUAUAUGUAUAAAUAAAUAUAAAAAUUAUUUAUUGAAAUAUUUAUAUAUAAAUAUAAUAUGUGUGUGUAGAUACAUAUAUGAAAAUAAAACAUAUAAACUAAUACACACAUAUAAGUAAAAAUUAUUACGUAUAAUUUUAAUUAUUACGUAAUUAUAUAUAAUUUUUAUCUAAAUCUAUAUUAACAAAACCGAGCCAAACCGAACCGAAACCGAUGAUAAAGUUUGGUUAACCGAACCGAAAUUUUAUAUAAAUCUUUGGCGUGGUUUGGUUUUUAUAUUUUCCCUUAAAAUAUGGUUUGGUUUUGGAGUUUACUAAACCAAACCGAACCGAACCGAACCAUGCUCACCCCUAGAACCAUUAGCAACAACUUUGCAGCUGUUAUUGUUGCUCUAGUUAUGUUUAUGUGCGCCUGUUUCAAAACUGAACUGUGAUGUCAAUAAGAGGUAAAGCAAUAAUAAUGUUGGAGUAAUCUCUAGAAAAUCAGAGUUCAGGUUUAUAGAACAAAAAUUCCUAAUUUGCAUCUCAAUCAGGUUUAUUCCAGAACAGUUCCACCAGGUGAAGCUUGUAAAUUCCCGUUUGGAACACCGAAAAAAUUGAUACGGCUUAUGUUGUACGAAAA